AUGCAACUCACAACCCUCCACCUCCUCACCCUCUUCACCCUCCUCCACUCCACCACCACAACGUCGCAAAACACCCCCAUCUCAAACAAAACCCUUCAAUCCCUCCCCCGCCCAAACACAGACUUUAACAUCCACACCGGCCCCCUCCUCUCGCCUCUCCUCCACCCCCGCAUCCCCGGCACCCCCGGCUCCUCCCAAACAAGAACCCACCUAACCAAUUUCUUCAAAUCCACCCUCCCAACGUGGACCCUUGAAUACCAAACCUCAACAUCCAACCCCGAUAAAAUCCCAAUAACAAACCUAAUUGCCACCCGCGACCCCCCGGGCCUCCCCCCCGGAAACAUAUCCCGCCUGACCCUUGUCUCCCACUACGACACCAAGGAAUCACCGACUGGGUUUAUCGGGGCGAUUGAUAGUGCCGCUCCCUGCGCAAUACUGUUGCAUGUUGUUCGGAGUGUUGAUGCUGCUUUGACACGGAAAUGGGCGAGUCCUAGUUCCGGUUCCGGUUCUGGGCGUGGUGAAGAGGGGAAGGGUAUACAGGUAGUAUUCACGGAUGGGGAGGAAGGGUUUGAUUCCCACCCCGAGGAAAUGUUAUCCGGAGCGAGGUCGUUGGCGGCUGAAUGGGGAGGGGUGAAGGGGAAGUAUCCGGGUGGAUCGAAGUUUGAGAGUCGGAUUAGGGCUAUAUCGUUGUUUGUGUUGUUAGAUUUGCUGGGGGCGAGGGGGCCGAAGAUUGUGUCGUAUUUUAAUAAUACGCAUGGGGAGUAUCGGGCUGUUGCCGGGUUGGAGGGGAGGUUAAGGGGGUUGGGGUUGUUUAGGUCUGCGAAGGGGCUGUGGUUUACAGAUGGGGAGAGGGACGAGGGGGGUGGAGGGCAGAGGUAUCCGGUGUACGAUGACCAUGUGCCAUUUCAGGAGCGCGGGGUGAGGGUUUUGCAUGUUAUUGAUAACGAGCCCGAGGGGAGGGGGUUUCCCGGGGUGUGGCACACGUUGGACGACGAUGGGGAGCAUUUGGAUGAGGAGGUUUUGGGGGAUUGGAGUGUUUUAGUGAUUGCUUUUGUGGUGGAGUGGUUGGGGUUGGAGGGGUAUAUGGCUUGA